AUGGAUCUCAUCAAUUCCGAUUACGGAAUCAAAAGUAAACUGAUCAGGCUUGUGAACAAACGCGGGAUGGUCACGGAGGGAGAGAUGGUUGAAUUGAAGCAAAUGGCGUUCGAAAUGGUGUCGACAAUGAGUGAAAGCGAGCUGGAGGAAUUCAAAAUCAAAAUCACGGAAAAAAUCGAAGUCGCUGACAAUGUGUUGAAGACAAUGGAGGAAACAGGAGGAAUGUUGCCGGUCUACCUGGACGUGGAGAACACUUGUACGCUCAUUCAUCAUCCGGAAAUGAUAGUUGAAAGAAGUGUGCUUGAGAUCCAUGAGCAGAUCUUCAAAGAACUUAAUGGAUAUCUGAAAAAAGGAAAAAACAUGUCGGCUGCGUGUUUGAUCAGCAUGAUAUUGUAUGCUGUGCAGUUUGGAGGUAUUGAAGAGGCAUUGGGAGGACUCUUCAAAGCAUUGGUGGUGCGGAAUUGUAUGGAGGCCCCCUCAAAAUUGGUUAGAGCGGUGAUCGCUUUGAUCGCAAUGAAAAACGACGGCGGAAUAGUUUUUAAACGAACUCGGAAGAUGGUGAAGGAUGGUUUGAAGGAAUUGCCGAAUCUCUACGCUUACAAAGAAUUUGCGCCAACUCCUUCAAACGUUUGGAUCGACAAAGCUAACUUUGACAUAAGAGUUCGCGAUACUUAUGAGGAUGGAAAAAGAUGUCUAGGAAACUAUUUUUGGAAAACUUUGUUCACAAAACCGAUAUACGUGGAUACUGAAAACGCAUAUAAAGUUAUACCACAUGGCUCGAAAACAGCGCUGGUGACGUUCUGUGAUGCGGACAUGAAGACCGUUCUACUUUGGAGAAUCCACAAGCACACACGGAAAGAGGUGGAAAACAUGAAAAAGUUGAUGAUUGAACUUUCGAAGAUUCGAAAAUUUGCGGCAUUCGGGAAGGAAGAGUUUUUUGAUCCCAUCCCACUAGCUGAUUUCGCGAGCGGUGGAACUUCAUUAAAGUCACUCGCAAUGUCACAUGGAAUUGAAAUCUCGAAGACAGAGACGAUGAGCGACUGGACCGCGGAAGAACUGAGGGAUGAUCAAAUGCAGUAUCGUUCACUCCAUCGCAUCUGUAUCCUCAUCCUUUUCCAACGCCAUCUUCUCAACCGCUACAUGUUCGACCGUUAUUGGACACAGUGGCGCCUCCGUCCCUAUGUUCAUCCCUGCAUUUCGUCAUCAACUUCUCAAUGGUGGCAUAUCUCAAAUGUGAGAUAA